GAUGGCAACGCCCAGGUGGAGACGCCAUGUGGCGUACUUGCCACGUGGCGAUGGGAGAGGGAUGGCAACGCCGAGGUGGCGACGCCACGUGGCGAUGGGAGCGGGAUGGCAACGCCGAGGUGGCGAUGGGAGCGGGAUCGGGAAGCGAAGGUGGCCACGGGCGCGAGAUCGGGAUCGAAAAGCAGAGGUGGCGAUGGGUACCACACUUCGCACGUGCCAAACAUCGCACGUGGUGCACGUGCCACGUGGCGCACUUUCCGCAUCGCCACGUGGCGUACUUGCCCCAUCAUCAAGUCCCACGUGGCAAGUACGGAGGUGGCGACGGGAGUGGGAUGGCAACGCCAUCUCGGCGUCGAGGUGGCGUACUUGCCCCAUCAUCUAGUCCCACGGGCAAGUGCGGAGGUGGCGACGCCGAGGUGGCGACGUGAGCGGCAAGUACGCCACGUGGCAAGUGCGGCCUCACCAUAUCGUCCCAUGUGGCAAGUGUUGAGGUGGCGACGGGAGCGGCAAGUACGCCACGUGGCAAGUGCGGCCUUACCAUAUAGUCCCACGUGGCAAGUGCGGAGGUGGAGACGCCGAGGUGGAGACGCCGAGGUGGCGACGGGAGAGGGAUCGGGAAGCGGAGGUGGCGACGCCGAGAUGGCAACGCAGGGCGUGGGAUCGGGAGCGGGAUUGGGAAACGAAGGUGGCGACGCAGGGCGCGGGAUCGGUAGCGGGAUCGGGAAGCGGAGGUGGUGACGCCAAGGUGGCAACGCAGGGCGUGGGAUCGAGGGCAGGAUUGGGAAGCGAAGGUGGCGACGCAGGGCGCGGGAUCG